AGGGCUCGCUUGGUUGGGAGAAUGGUAGGUGGGACGUUUGCCGCGUUUUGACGGCGAUCGCAGCUAACCACCCACUCUCCUCCUCUCUCUCUCUCCCUCCUUUAAAUCUCCCUCGGCUCCGAUCUACCUCUCUUCGAAGCCACCGCUCCUUGGAAGCUCGAAUCUAGGGGAGCUCUCCAAUCGAUUUCUGAAGCGUUCCAAAAAGGGAGGAGGAGAUGGCGAGGAAGAAGAUCCGGGAGUACGAUUCGAAGCGGCUUCUCAGGGAGCAUCUCAAGCGGCUCGCCGCCAUCGACCUCCAGAUCUGCUCAGCCCAGGUCACGGAAUCUACGGACUUCGCUGAGUUAGUGAACAAAGAGCCAUGGCUUUCAUCCAUGAAACUGGUUGUGAAGCCUGACAUGCUGUUCGGGAAGCGAGGGAAGAGUGGUUUGGUGGCUCUGAAAUUAGAUAUGGCUCAGGUGGCUCAGUUUGUGAAAGAACGCCUGGGAGUGGAGGUUGAGAUGGGUGGUUGCAAGGCCCCGAUAACCACAUUUAUAGUUGAGCCAUUUGUUCCCCAUGACCAAGAGUACUAUCUCUCAAUUGUCUCCGAGAGGCUUGGUUGCACCAUCAGCUUCUCAGAGUGUGGUGGAAUUGAAAUUGAAGAGAACUGGGACAAGGUUAAGACUAUCUUUCUCCCUACCGAGAAGCCUAUGACAUCUGAGGCAUGUGCUCCACUGAUUGCAACACUUCCCCUGGAGGUACGAGGAAAAAUAGGGGACUUCAUAAAAGGUGUUUUUGCUGUUUUCCAAGACUUGGAUUUCACUUUUCUUGAGAUGAACCCAUUUACUUUGGUAAAUGGGGAGCCUUAUCCAUUGGAUAUGCGAGGAGAGUUGGAUGAUACUGCUGCAUUCAAAAACUUCAAGAAGUGGGGGAACAUAGAAUUUCCACUUCCUUUUGGCAGAGUUUUGAGCCCUACAGAAAGCUUUAUUCAUGAACUUGAUGAAAAGACUAGUGCCUCCUUGAAGUUCACUGUUUUAAACCCCAAAGGACGCAUAUGGACCAUGGUAGCUGGUGGUGGUGCCAGUGUUAUAUAUGCUGAUACUGUUGGUGACUUGGGUUAUGCAUCAGAGCUCGGAAACUAUGCAGAGUACAGUGGUGCUCCUAAUGCGGAUGAGGUCCUGCAGUAUGCCAGAGUGGUUCUUGAUUGUGCAACUGCGGAUCCUGAUGGCAGAAAGAGGGCCCUUCUCAUUGGAGGGGGUAUAGCUAACUUCACUGAUGUUGCUGCUACUUUUAGUGGCAUCAUCCGUGCCCUAAAAGAAAAGGAAUCCAAGCUAAAGGCUGCAAGGAUGCACAUUUUUGUCCGAAGAGGUGGUCCAAAUUAUCAAACAGGUCUAGCCAAAAUGCGGGCUCUGGGUGACGAGUUAGGCAUUCCCCUUGAGGUGUAUGGACCAGAAGCAACAAUGACCGGAAUUUGCAAGCAAGCUAUUGAUUGCAUCAUGUCUGCUGCAUAAUUUGGAUUUCAUGUACUCUACUUUUGUUUUUCUCCAUCUAUUUUGUUGAGCAAGAAUCAGAAUUUAGUGAUUUAUCCAUAGUGAAGGACAAAAUGAGAACAUUUAGAGAACAUGAAUGAGUCCAAUACUGCAAUAACCUAAUUUGGUUGCCUUGGCAAACGUCUGAAGUGUGAAUUGUGCUGAGACAAUGUAAUUUUGUUGGAGUAGAGAAUUUCUAUUCCAUCUUGGAUUUCCAGUGAUACCGGGCUGGACGUGUGGAAACUAUGCAUGACAUUUCGAUGCUACUAGGUUAUGCUCCCGGUAGACAUAUUGAAUGAACUUAAUCUUUUGGA